AUGUCGGCACGGGGUCCUGCGCGCGGAGCUAGCGGCUUGCGUGAAUCCGGAUCCGGAGAAGCCUUGGCUGCUGGUGGUGAGGCUGAUGGAGAGAGGCGACAGAGCCUUCGACUUUCUGUAAUCGAAUCAAACCGCGUUCCUCCUCUGACCAUCGGGGGAGAUGCCAUGGUGGGGGAGAAAACAGGAGAUGCCAUGGUGGGUGAGAAAACAGGCGCAUGGACGGGUAAGAAGAAGGCAAAGGUGGAGAAAACAGGAGAUGCCAUGGUGGGUGAGAAAACAGGCACAUGGACGGGUAAGAAGAAGGCAAAGGUCCAUAGCGCACCUGCUUCUGAGGGUGUCGACAUGACUGCUCCUGUGAUCAACACUGAACCCGGACCAGAACAAGGAGCGGGGCAAGUUGAAGGCUUUGAUUGGAAGCAGGUCGAAGGCUUUGAUUGGACCGAGGCUGAUGUCAAGGAGGAAACCGAUUCCUUUGGUCGUUACUUCGGCCUUCCUGACGUAGAUGAUGAGUUUUGGAAUAUCUUUGAUGACCAACAGACUGAAGAACUCCAUAAACGCCUCGCCAUAUGUCACAUCAGAGCUCACAAGGGUUCUGGGCUGAACUAUGAACAGUUGUUGUCCAUGCUCGAAAAAGAUGGGCCUUUCCGACCUUACGAGCGUAAUCCCAAGUGGUACUUCAACAGCAAACGCUGCAAGAUUGCUGGAUUCCAGGACUACCAGCGUCUAGUUCUCCAUGAUUAUGGUUACCAAGACUGGUUUUAUUAUAACAAAGCCUGUAGUACACUUGAGAGUGAUCAACAAUUUCUCUGCUUGUGGGAAAAGCUAUUAGAUAAAACCAAGUGGCUUCAACAUUACCACAAACUCACACUGCAAGAGCGGAAGAUAAUGGACCAUGUCACCUACUAUCACGCAGCGAAGAUUAGAGCAGAUUGCCCCCAAAUUUAUUCGAGGUUACUUGGUCCUUUCUUAAUGGAAUUUUUGUAUAGCGUUACGACUGAUCAUUUUUAUGCUCGUCUCUAUUUUGAGAUCUGGAAACGGGUUGCUAAGCAGAAGAUGAAUUUCAAAGAUGCUUUGGAUGAAGUGAAGGACGAAGCCAUGUGGCCCUUCCAGUGGGCUGAAGUGAAAGCUGAGCUAGAAAGUGAUAAUUAUAAAACAUGUGUGGCUGGCAUAGAUAAAAAUCUUGAAGAAGGUGAAGCUUAUUGGUUGAUCGUGGAUGCUGUCAGAAAAAUUGUUCCAAGGCUCAAGACCUAUUAUGAAUAUGCCAAAAAGAAGUUGGAUAUUGCAGACAAAAUGGGUUUGAUCCGCUCCAGCCCCCACACAAGCUCUACCUGA